GACGAGCGGCGGGCGGGCCAGCGAGCCAGAGGAGACGAGACGCCAUCGCGACAAGUCGACCAGCGAAUCUUGGCGUCGUCAUCCCCUUUCUCUCUCGCUCAAAAGUUGCCGGAGCCCCCUCUCUCCGUCUCCCCACCGCCAUGGAGGAGGCGCAGGUUGUUCAGUCAAAGGAUGGAACCAUCUCGGUUGCUUCUGCAUUUGCUGGUCAUCAGCAAGCCAUACAAGACAGGGACCACAAAUUCUUGACAAAAGCAGUGGAAGAAGCCUACCGGGGAGUCGAAUGUGGUGAUGGAGGUCCGUUCGGUGCAGUUGUCGUCUGUAACGAUGAAGUAGUAGUUAGCUGCCACAACAUGGUUCUGAAGCACACUGAUCCAACUGCACAUGCUGAAGUAACUGCAAUAAGAGAGGCUUGUAAAAAGCUAGGAAAAAUUGAGCUGUCUGACUGCGAAAUUUAUGCAUCCUGUGAGCCAUGCCCAAUGUGCUUUGGUGCAGUUCAUCUCUCCCGGAUCAAGAGGUUGGUUUAUGGCGCCAAGGCGGAGGCUGCCAUUGCCAUUGGAUUCGAUGACUUCAUUGCAGAUGCUCUGAGAGGCACUGGGUUCUACCAGAAGGCGAACUUGGAGAUCAAGAAGGCUGACGGCAACGGAGCGCUGAUCGCUGAGGAGGUCUUUGAGAAGACUAAGGAGAAGUUCCAGAUGUACUGAUGCCUAACAGAAGACAGAUUUCAGAUUUGUACAAUGCUCACUCAGAAGGAAUACUACAAUGCUCAAAUUUCCAUUGCUUCGGAAUACUAUCCGUCCAAAUGUUUUACGUUCCGAGGAUACCCCAAUUUCUUGUAAACUUACAAGGCAGUUCAUUGCUGCCGCUUAAUGUGCAGUUAAUGGAAUUCAGUUUCUGUCCUUCUCAUGGUGCCUUACAUACUUCCUUAGCAGGUUCUGAAUUUGAGCUUGAACUAGCAUAGAGUUGUCAUGGUGCCAUUGCAUAUUUGAGAAUGAAAUAUACCACUUUGGCCUCA